CGAUAACAAACGCUUUUAUUAUCAUUUAUCUAUCGAUUUUGCAUUAUUCUUCACUAUAGUAUCGGAAACAUCUAUAUAAAACCCAUGGUUGCUUCCACUACAGAAACUGAAGUAUCACAGACAACCAAACCGGAAGAAAAUGGAGGCGACAAGGAUAUCUAUGCGCAACUGGAAGAAAUAGCAGCAUCCACUAGUGAAUGUGUGCGUGUUGUUAUAAGAAUAAGACCACUCAAUGAAAGAGAACAGAAUACGUUGCCAUGUUUAGAAGUUGGCGAUGGAGGUAGAAAUAUCGUAGUAAACGACCAAGGAAAUGCCAAAAAAUUUACGUUUGAUAGUAUUUUUCCUAUUGAUGGGAAACAAGAAGAUGUCUUUCGUAAUGUAGCAAAACCAAUCAUAGAUUCUUGUUUAGCAGGAUACAAUGGCACCAUCUUCGCCUACGGUCAAACAGGAUCUGGCAAAACUUUCACUAUGCAAGGACCGGAGGAAAGCAUUCAAGCUCAGUCAGGCGAUAUCAGACAAUUGAGAGGAAUCAUGCCCCGAGUAUUUGAAUAUAUCUUCGACAGUAUCCAAAAAGAACGGGAAGAAAAGGGUAGCGCAGUUGAUUAUGUAGUCAAAUGUGCCUAUUUACAAGUAUAUAAUGAAACCAUCACCGAUUUGCUGACACCUUCUCAACACAAUCUGAAUAUUCGUGAAGACACAUUGAAAGGCGUCUAUGUGGAAGAUCUUACUGAGGAGGUUGUAAAGCAUCCCGAAGAUUGUUAUAGAGUAUUGAGAAAAGGAGUUGCUAAUAGAACUGUUAGUGCAACCUCCAUGAACCAGGAGAGUUCCCGUUCUCACGGAGUUUUUACUGUGAUAAUUGAAAGAAAAGAAGAGAAGCCUGACAAUCUAGUCUCCAAGAGAGUGUCACGACUCAAUUUGGUCGACUUGGCAGGAUCCGAAAGACAAAAGUUAGCAAAAACAUCUGGACAAACGCUAAAAGAAGCAAGCAACAUCAAUCGAUCUCUCUCUGUCUUGGGUUACGUGAUAAUGGCUUUGGUUGAUGCCUCCAAUGGAAAAGAACGUCACAUCAAUUAUAGAGAUUCCAAAUUGACGUUUCUAUUGAAAGACUCACUAGGAGGAAAUGCAAAGACUUGCAUGGUAGCGACAGUUAGUCCCAGUGAUUUGAAUCUGGGAGAAACCAUUUCUACGUUAAAGUUCGCUCAGCGAGCUAAGUAUAUACGUAACAAAGCAUAUGUCAAUGAAGAGACUACUGGAAGUUUAGUACAGUUACAAGCAGAAGUUCGAAGGCUACAAGAUUUUGUUAGACAGCUGUUGGCAGAACGAGAAAACUCGGUUACUUGUAAGCCUGCCAACGAACAAGAACGAAAUUCGAACGAAUUGGUUCAACUCAUGAAAGAAAGUGAAAGUGAUACGAAUUUGGAUGAAGACAAGUCCUAUGUCGAUGAACGUUCAAGUCGAGAUUCUUCCUUUAUUCAUUCCAAUGUGGAAGAUACUGAAGAACUCUCCAAACUACUUGCAUGUGCAGAACAACGUGAAAGAGAAAUUGCUGAUGAAAAACGAUAUAUUGAAGCUCUUUUGAUGGAGUCACAGAAUGAAAACAAGAAACGAAAAGCCAACUUUGAAUUAUUAGAGACCGCUUGGAAGAAUUUGGCUGAAAAAAUAUCCGCAAUGGAAGACAAUGAACUGGUAGAUUCUCUGAACUUUUCUAACACUUGUGAGCAAGAUACUCAGUCUUCAUCUGAUUCCAUUUUGGAACAAGAAGAAGCAGUUACACGAAGACUUUGUGAGACAGUUUAUAAGUUGACAGAUCUUUUACAGACUACACAGAAUGAUAACAAGCACAUGAAAGCACAGUUGGAAGAAAAGGAAACUUUAUUAAACAAUUUACAGACGGAGACUAAAAUGAAGGACAUUCACAAAGAACAAAAUAACAACAAGGAAGGCAAUAAUAGUUUCUUGGCUAUCCACGGCGAUUCACCUGUAUUGAAUCGUCUCCGUAAAAAAAUUGCGGAUAGUCAAGAAAGCUCAGGCUUCCAGAAGAAAGAACUCGUUGAUGAAAGUCAGUUGGACUAUCGUGAACUUGCUCAGGUGGAGUUUCUGAAAGAACGUUUGGCAGAACUACUACAAAUAGAGGCCAAACAAGGAGAAAAUAUGCAAAAGCUUAAUGCAGAAAAGGCUACUUUGGAAAAGAGUGUUGAGAAACUCAAGGCUGAAGUGAACUUCUUAACUGAAGAACUACAAGCUGAGAAGGAAAAUGCGCAACUAUUAAGGGAGCAGUUUUCGGAAAGAGAGCGCAAUACUGAGCAUUUCAAAGAUGAUGCAGCUCAAAUGGAAGAGAAGAUUCAACAUUUGCAAAGCAAAGUUCGUUCACUGCAGACCUAUCGAGUACAACUGCAGCGUUUGGUAGACCAACAGUCUGAAGAAAUCAAAAGUCUUCGGUUGCGAGCACAGAACGCAUGGGACGAACUUAUUCAUGCUAGGCAAGAUUUUGAAAGCCAAGAGAGACUCCGAAGUGAUCGAUUGGAGAAGUUAUUUGCAGAACUUGCCAAGCAUCAACGACAAGAUGCAGGUAGAAAUGACCAAAAGGCAGCAGCAUAUGCUAUCAAAGAACAGAUGAAGCAAAAUUUGCAAACAAUGAACAACGUAAAGGAUGUAAAGAACAUGCCGCCUUUGGAGCCUCUUAUGAAUAAGGCUUUGGAGUUUCUUCUGAAACAAGCUUCUGGAGCAAAGAUUGCUUCUUCAUGAGAGAAAACACUUUCUUCCGCAAUCUUCUCUUGCGUAGUUGAUAUGUUUUGUUCGAAUGCGUAUACAACUAUCCAUCCUGUUCACUGCUAUUUCUUUCUUCCUUUCUUAUAUAUAUAUAUAUAUAUAAAUAAAUAAAUAAAUAAAUAAAUAAUUGUGUUUUCGG